AGCCGACUCAGUCCACCAUAGCGCGUCGCGGGCGCUGGUUCCACCACACCACCACGCUGCAUCGCCGGUGCCGAAACCCACCGCUGUGUAAACAGACCAUAGUGAAUGUCACACGACUCGCCUAGUGUAUUCCGCCUCUAAAACAUUUCAAUGGCGCCUGCGCAAAAGAACGUCGACGUCGGCGUAUGCGACAGCGACCUGCCUUCCCAAAUCAAAAUGAGGCUCAUGGCUACGGACAUUAAGAGUCACCGAGAAGAACAUUGUGAUAACAAUAAUUCAGUGGACAAUAUUAGUGAGAAAGUGAACGUGGAUACAGGGUUUGACUUAGAAAAAUACGAGUCUAUGGAUUUUAAGGCGAAGUUCAGAUGGCCCGAUCUCACAGUACAAGUGUUGUUGCAUUUAGUUUCUAUUUACGGACUGUACCUGAUAGUUACGUUUAAAGUGAAAUUCUUAACAACGAUUUUUGCAUUCCUGACAAUUUACACAUCGGGCUUCGGCAUCACAGCGGGAGUGCACCGCCUGUGGUCGCACCGGGCCUACCAAGCCCGUACGCCUUUACGGGUGAUACUAGCGCUGCUGUUUACCAUCACUGGACAGCGCGACAUAUACACGUGGGCGCUAGAUCACCGCGUGCACCACAAGUACACGGAGACGGCAGCGGACCCGCACGACAUCCGGCGCGGCUUCUGGUUCGCGCACGUGGGCUGGCUCGUGCUGACCCCGCACCCCGCCGUCGAGGACCGCCGCGCUGCGCUGAAGCUCACCUCGAGGGACCUCGAGACGGACCCUGUUGUGGCGUGGCAGAAGAAAUACUUCAUCCCUUUGUUCGCGCUGCUGAACGUGAUCCUGCCGGUGUGGAUCCCGUGGCACUGCUGGGGCGAGUCGCUGGUGAACAGCUUCGUGGUCAGCUUCGUGACCAGGUUCACCAUCACGCUCAACAUCGCCUUCUGCGUCAACAGCUUCGCGCAUCUGUGGGGAAAUAAGCCUUACGACAGGUUUAUAAAGUCGACAGAGAGCGUGAUGGUAAGCCUGGCAGCCCUGGGGGAGGGCUGGCACAACUAUCACCAUGUUUUCCCGUGGGACUACAGGACCUCCGAGCUAGGGCGAAUCAACAUCUCCACGGGCUUCAUUGACGCUUUUGCUAAAAUUGGAUGGGCGUAUAAUUUAAAAACGGCGACAAAGGCGAUGAUCAUUAGCCGAGCGAAGCGGAGCGGGGACGGAACCCUGGGAGACGUCGAGGAACCCGAACCUACGAUGAAAAACGAAGGCAUAGAAUGAGCCAACUAUAAAUAAACCUGACUUCAUUGAGACACCUGACGCGUAAAGCGAAAAUAAUAAGAGAACAAUCUGAUAUUUUCGGCAAGACAUUCCUUUCGAGACAUUUUCUUUUAGUAUUCAUGAUUAAAUAUUUAAUAUGACCAAGGAUUAUUUAUAUAGGAUUUACAUACUUCAUACUAAGAAUCGUACCUCGAUUUUUUAGCGCCACCUAUUAAAUACUAUCAUAACUACAAUGAUGAUGCCUA